GGUGCGUCUUCGCGGCGUUCAUCAUGCUGGCGGGGGCGGGCGGCGUUCCUCGGCCGGCGUCGGAAGCGGCGCAGGACAAGUCCAAAGUCAAGUUGUCGUCUCCCGCCUUUCCCGAGAAGUCCCGCCUUCACGCUUCGGGCUUCCGGUCCAAAGGCUUUGCCAUCACGGACCUCCUGGGCCCGGAGUCCACGUCGGCGGCGUCCGGGGGCGGCGAGCCUCGGGGCGGCGGCGGCGGGGGUCCGGGCCAGACUCUGGGGGGUGCCUUCUCCUUUCCGGGCACUUCCCUACCCCUGGGUCUGGGCUUCCUGUGCAGUCUGGCGGCCCAGCAGCCCACCGGGUCAGCCGGGGGACCCCCCUGCUUCCUGCCGGGUCACCUGCCCCUCCUGCAGAGACCGGACGCCCGCUUCUUGCAUGGCGCCGACCGCCACGCGAACGCCUUCUCUGAUGAGGAGGUUCUGUCCGACCGCGAGUCCAAAAGUUGUUCUUCGCAGAAGAGGAAGAAGCGGCGCCACAGGACCGUGUUCACGUCGCACCAGCUGGAGGAACUGGAGAAAGCCUUCCACGAAGCGCACUACCCCGACGUCUACGCUCGAGAGAUGCUCGCCGUCAAGACGGAGCUGCCCGAGGACCGCAUCCAGGUGUGGUUCCAGAACCGUCGCGCCAAGUGGCGAAAGCGGGAGAAGUGCUGGGGCCGCAGCAGCGUCAUGGCCGAGUACGGCCUGUACGGGGCCAUGGUCCGCCACUCCAUCCCGCUCCCGGAGUCCAUCCUCAACUCGGCCAAGAACGGCAUGAUGGGAUCGUGCGCCCCCUGGCUGCUCGGUGAGCCGCAUGCACGAAUGCACAAGAAGUCUUUGGAAAUGUCCAAAAAGACGAGCACGUGCUGCGCGGACCGUUCCGACUCCAAGCGCUGUUCGGAGGAAGGCCGGGAGAACGCGGCGGAGGAGGAGGAGGAGGAGGAGGAGGAGGAAGAGGAGGAGGAGGCCAUGGAUUUGUCCAGUUCCUCCAAACAGCAGCAGGACGACGUCGGCGCCGAGCAGCAGUGCUCUUGAGGGCGCUGCGCCUUCCGCUGCGGUGACCGGCGUUCUUCUUCCGUCUCCGCACGACAACCGCGCGGCAUCCCGCGAACGCGUCCGGAGCGUCCAGUUACCGUCGCGACGCACCCGCACGGAACAUCCCGUCGCCAAGACGACAACCGCUCGGAGCAUCCUGGAGCUCCAUCUCCACGGCAUCUCGUCAACAAAGACGAUGCGACAUUCGCGCACGAGUGUUCGCGUGCUAAAUAGUUAGCCACUGGCGGCUGUGUGGCUAAAUGCUAAAUGCUCAUUUUUGAGAGAACGGAUAUGACGUUGGCGUCGUUAGCAGUGUGUCAAAUAUGGUAAUAAAUAUCCAUUUCCUGUCGCGCUUCUCCUCUCGCGCGUCCCGGGGGCGCCGGAGCCCAUCCCAGCUAUCGUCGGGCAGGAGGCGGGGUACGCCCUGAACCGGUCGCCAGCCAAUCGCGGGGCACAUACAAACAACCACUUCGCACCUACGGGCAAUUUAGAGUCUCCAAUCAACCGAGCACGCAUGUUUUUGGGAUGUGGGAGGAAACCUGCAUACCCAGAGAAAAGCCGCGCAGGCACGGGGAGAACAUGCAAACUCCGCACGGGCCAUGCCGGAUUUGAACCCCGGUCCUCAGAACUGUGAGGCAGAUGUGCGGUCGGUCACCGUGCCGCCAUGUCAAUAAAUAUGUGGUUGUAAAUGCCCGAUUAUCAGUUCAUGGGGCACUGGCUACGUCACGUGACUGACUGGCGCUCAACACUGCCGCAUGCUGGUUUGGCACCGCACACACCAGACUCCACUGUGCACUUUUAGUGACCUUUCUGGGCGAGAAGAAAGACUAAAUGUCACACACUUUCAUGAAAUAUAUUAGAUAGUCUGUUCAACGUCAGUAAGUGCAGUACGUGUGUGAUAAAACGUCUCUUGAACCGUCGCGGGAGCGAUGACUCACCGUGACUGGAGCUGCGCUUCCGAUGCAUUUGAACAGGACAUAUGAAAAUUCAGCUAUUUUAAUGAUGAAAUCAUUGAAAUGAUUGAAUUGAAAAAGAAAUAAAAUGGAACAGUAAGGUUUUUUUUUUUUAACGAUUCACAUGCAGUGGAACGGAAAGACCACCAGGGGGCAGUGCGGCUCUGCCUCACUCGCCUACCCUGACCGCGCGUCACUGCCGAUUAGGACCUUUUGUCACCACCACGUUUGUGUUUUUACUGUCAACGACGGGCCGAUUGUUUUGUAUUUAUUGAUGUGAGUUUAAUUUUUUCGCCUGUCAUGCUUCACUUGUGUCUGACGUUGAAUUAUAAUAUUUAAUAUUGAAGUUUUUAUGAUUGGAACAGCCCAAGCUGCACAAUAAAAACACAAAUAUUUUUGGACUGG